UCGUCACUUCCGCUUUUACGUACUUCCGGUUUUGAUUAUUUCCAUCCACGCUCUCUAGACGGUGAAUUUUCAUCACGAAAAGCCAGACUGAAGAAGAACAGCCAGUAAAACCACAGCAGAAAUGUUCAAACUGGAAGGACUGGGACCCAAAAUGGAUCCGGAGGAGAUGAAGAAGAAGAUGCGACAAGACGUCAUCUCGUCAUUACGGAACUUUCUUCUUUACGUCGCCCUUCUCAGAGCUACUCCGUAUGUGUUAAAGAAACUGGACAGCAUAUGAGUGGAGCAGCUGCAAUCUUCUUCCUCCAUCCACCGAGAGAUUACUACAUCAGAGACACAAUGGACCAUCAUCAGCAGGCAGCCAGAGCCACGACAGCAACAUCCUGAUGAAGACGACCGGCGUCUGUCCACCACUACACCUGAGGAAACGCCAUGCUCUCACUUUUUAGUCUCAGUCAUUGUUGGUCAUUUUGAGUGUGUUUCUCUUGUUAAACAUGCUGUGAUCAUUUUUUGAAAGCAGCGUUUGAUCGUCUGUGUGCCUGCUGUAUAGUUGUUGUUUUUGUUGGUUCGUCAUUACACGGCAGGUCUGCUCAGUCCUGCACACAUGAAUGAAAAUUAUUAAAUUUUACAGCGGUGCACCAAAAAUGUACCCUGCAAGGCAAACCUAUGUCACCCAUUUUAUGUCAUCAUGAAGUCACUGAAAAUAAAAAUAGAAAAACAAGAAACCAA